AUGAUCGGCGAAUUCGUCGACAAAGACCAUCGAGACUGGGACGAACACCUGUCCGCAUUUCAAUUUGCAUUCAAUGCGGCCGUACAUGACGCCACCGGAUAUACGCCGGCAUACGUAAAUCACGGGCGAGAGCUCGUACCGCCGCACCGCACCGCACCAGCAACCGAGAGAACGACCCCGGACACGACGCGAGAACGGCUGGACGACGCCUAUAAAAUCGUCCGGAUCCAACUUGCAAGAGCUUUCCAGCGGCAAGAGCAGUAUUACAACCUCCGGCGACGAGAGUGGCGACCGCACAUCGGCGAAUGGGUGUGGAAGAAAGACCACCCGCUGUCAAAGAAAGCCGACAAUUUCAACGCAAAACUCGCGCCAAAAUAUAUCAGGCCGCUCGAAGUUCGCCAAAUUAUCUCGCCGGUAACCGUAGACCUGAGGAGCAAGCGGGGAAAGUGGUACAAACAUGUACACAUUCAGGAUCUCAAAGUCGCAAAGAUCAAACAAAACGGCGACAAUAACAACCCUGAGGACGAGGAUGAUGAUACCCCCACUACCGAUGGGGAAGAAUAA